UGUGUGUGUGUGUGUGUGUGCGUGCGUGCGUGCGUGUGUGUGUGUGUGUGUGUGUGUGUGUGUGUGUGUGUGUGUGUGUGCACACAGGAGUUUCUCAAGUGUGUGUGGGAGGAGUUGUAUUAUGACCAGUGAACCUGACCUCUGUUUUAUCCACCUGCACUUCACUUGAGUGUUUCUAGUGUACAGUGUGACACUGGGUAUAGUUUGGCUGGGUUAAUGCUGUGUACUGUGUAUUUUGUGUGUUGAGGGGAUGGUGCGGCAGAAACUCAUGGGUUCUGUGUGCAAUGGUACGGAUAGAUGGGGGGAGGGUAGGUGGGGUAGGAGUAAACGGGGUGUAUUUUUGGGUCCCGGUUUGGAUGUGUACACCAUCAGGAGGAUUGGGUUAAAAUCCAAGCACAGACUGGGUCACUGGCUCGGUGGGCUGUCUCAGUACUUCCUGGUCAGGUAUUCUAAACACACCCAGGAGGGUCUAGACUCCCCACGCCACUCUGCGGCCUCCAGUGGGAGUACCGAGCGCGCUCCGUCCGCCACGCCCUCGGACGGCUCCGACCCGCCGUCCGCCGCCCGCCGCCCACUGAGCCUGGUCUCCACCCUCUCCUCCGGCUCCGCCUCCUCCAGAGACGACUGCCAAGCCCCGCCCCCCACCGGCGCCUCCAGCCCCACCCCCUCAGGCGAGGACAUUGACCUUGAGCCAAUCGAAGAUGAUGUGACGAAGGGGCGUGGCUUCGGCGGCGAGAGGAACAACAACAACAGCAACGGCUCCGCCUCCCCGGCCGGUCGGACCGCGUUCCGCCGGCAGCCCAAGGUGGCGGCGGCGAGCGACGCCAUGGCGCCCAGCCCCCAGCUCAGCUACGUGGACCGCGUCGUCAUGGAGAUCAUCGAGACGGAGCGCAUGUACGUCCGAGACCUGCGCAUGAUCGUCGAGGACUACUUGGCCCACAUCAUCGACCACGCUGACCUGUCGGUGGGCCCCGAGCUGGUCUGCUCCCUGUUCGGGAACAUCGAGGACAUCUAUGAGUUCAACAGUGAGCUCCUGCAAUCACUGGACCAGUGUGAUAACGACCCGGUCGCCAUCGCCAGGUGCUUCGUCAUGAAGAGUGAGUACUUUGACAUCUACACGCAGUACUGCACCAACUACCCAAACUCGGUGGCGGCGCUGACCGAGUGCAUGAGGAACAAGUCCCUGGCCAAGUUCUUCCGGGAGCGCCAGGCGUCCCUGAAGCGCUCCCUCCCGCUGGGCUCCUACCUCCUGAAGCCCGUCCAGAGGAUCCUCAAGUACCACCUCCUGCUGCAGGAGAUCGCUAAGCACUCUGACCAGCAGGGGGCAGACUACGACGUGGUGGAAGAGGCCAUCUACACCAUGACGGGCGUGGCCUGGUACAUCAACGACAUGAAGAGACGCCACGAGCACGCCGUGCGCCUGCAGGAGGUGCAGUCCCUGAUGCUCCACUGGAAGGGUCCGGACCUGACCACCUACGGGGAGCUGGUCCUGGAGGGGACCUUCAAGGUCCACCGGGCCAAGAACGAGAGGACCCUGUUCCUGUUCGACCGCAUGCUGCUCAUCACCAAGCGCCGCGGGGAGCACUACGUCUACAAGGCGAACAUCUCUUGCUCCACUCUGAUGCUGAUCGAGAGCGCCAAGGACUCUCUGAGCUUCAGUGUCACGCACUACAAACACCCCAAACAGUCCCACACUGUGCAGGCUCGUAACCUGGAGGAGAAGAAGCUGUGGUCCCACCACAUCAAACGGAUCAUCCUGGAGAACCACCAUGCCAUCAUCCCUCAGAAGGCAAAGGAAGCCAUCUUGGAAAUGGACUCAAUAUAUCCGUCUAAGUACCGCUACAGCCCCGACCGGCUGAAGAAGGCUCUGUCCGUCCAAACAGACGAUCCGCUGCCUACUAAUCGUCAGGGGCGACGCCAGUCAGAACCAAUUAAAAAAUUCUUUGAGGGCACCAAAGCUGUCCUGAAGCAUGCAGCCAGCGAGGGGACUGUCCCGGGGGAGGAGGACUCCAGGGGCGGCGCCCUGGGCUUCGGCCUGGGGGGGUCGGGCUCCGACCGGCCCCGGGAAGAGGAGGAAGAGGAGGAGGAGGAGGAGUGUGGUGGGAGGAAGGCCUCUGUGGACGACCAGGAGGUGGUAAUGGACAGUGAUGACGCUGAUGAUGACAUGAUGCUGCUGGAGGACUAUCAGGUAGCGGACUUCGCUAGCUCCAUGCUCGCAGCCAUUUCCUGCUGGCAUUCUAGAGCCAGAGCUCUGCUUUCUCUUGGGGACCCAACGGAUGAGGAGAUCGGAAACAUCGCUCAGGAAGAGAACCACCAGAGACUUCCAGGUGUGGGGGAGCCACCGGCAGAGCUCCAGGCUUCUGAGCAGCAGUCAUGUCUCCAGAAGAACUCAGAGUCCAAGCCAACAGAUUCGUAUUCGAACACCUCUUCCAAGAUCUCUGCUUCUCCUGGAACAAAGAAGCCAGCAGCAGAGCCACCAGCAGCAGAAGCUCCAACAGCAGAACCUCCAACAGCAGAACCGGCUGUGAAGGUGAAGAACCGGGAGGAAGCGUCUUCUGCCAGCCAGGACUCCGACUCAAAGACCCUGAGCAGCGAGGAGUCCUCAGAAGAGGAGGACCACGAGGAGGCCGUCAAGGGGAGGAAGGCCACCAGCAUCCUCCCCACCUCCGUCCUGAGCCGGGCCGGUGCCAUCGCUCAGCACUUCCAGGGAAGCACACGGCGACCUAGCCAGGCCUCCGACGACGCCCUUUCCCCGAACUGUCUGUCGCCACGGUUAUCGAGUCGCACCGGCAGCAUCCACAGCCCCAAGAUCACCAGCCCGUGUUCAGACGGACCCGAGGUGUUCCGGCCGGCCGACGCCAACAUGCUGUCGCCGCGGGACGACGACGGCGGCGUGACGGGAGGGGCCCCCCAGCGGAGGGACUCCACCCUGUCCAAACACGACCAGCUGCUCAUCGGGAAGAUCAAGAGCUACUACGAGGUGGCCGAGAGCCACGACCCGGCCUUCUGCCUGCGACGGCGGGAGAGCCUGACCUCCAUCCCCACGGGGCUGGUCCGCAACUCCGUCAGCCACUUCAACUGCAUCCCGACGGACACGCCACAUCCCGGUGAGGGCGUCCAGGGGAAGCCCUCUUCUUCUGCCGCGGACGACAACGGCCGAGCCCCGGGAGAACCAGACUCUGGGGACCAGGGGGGCAUCCACAUGAAGGCCGUGUCCUAUCAGCAGGAGGGCACUGCGGUCAUAGUGGGCGGGAGCGUUGGCUACUCCAGUGCUCUGGCCACGGCUCCCGUGCUGCAGGAGGAGUUCAGGUCGUCGUCUGAGAUGAUCCAGAUUUGGCAGGCGAUGGAGCACGACCUGAGCAGACCCUCAGUGCGUAGGCGCGAGACCCCCAUCCAGGCAGCCAGAAGCUCCAGGACGGCUGCCGGGGGUCUCCCGGCAAACCCCAACUCUGACGGGGAGAAGGGAGGCUCCGACCUCGGCACCAUAGCAGAGGAAACCCCCAGCGUCUCCAAACAGAGAACCAACGGACCCGCGGGCCGAGCCGGGAGUUUACGGGAGACCUUGAAGCUGUGGGGAGAGGCGGUUCCGGUCGUGAGACCCCCAAGGGUGUUGGAGCUCAGGGGCCAGACGCAGGGUCAGUCUGUCCAGCUGGAGAAGGACUCCCAGGACGACCUGGACAGCGCUAAGAGCAAGGUGCUGAGCCUCGCGCGACAGUACAGCCAGCGCAUCAAAACAUCCAAGCCAACGGUCCGGGUGCAGGCUGCGGACCCCCGUCUGGGGAAGAGAGCCCUGGCAUCUGUGGUGGAGGAGAGCGAGACCUCAGGUAAACCCAGCCUGAGUCUCCCCCUGGUCCCGGGCCACCAGCCCCGGACCGCCCCCCGGCUGAGCCCGGUGGAGCCUGGCGCUCCGGGGCCCGACCCGGGGGCCAGGGCGCGCUCCAGGAGCCCCAACAGCCCGCCUCCCAUGGAAGGCUUCUGCUGGCCCGACGUCCGGGAGCUGAGGUCCAAGUACGGCCUGUCGGACGGCCCCGCGCCCGGCCAGGUACCGGUGGGCCGCAGCAUGUCGGUCCCGGAGGGGAUGACCACGGACGGCGGGAUCAAGAGACGCUCCAGCUACACCUUCCCCCUCCUCCCCCCGGCGGAGAGAGGGGAAGGAGGAGCGGAAGGAGGGGGGGCAGAUACCCCCCCGGAGGACGCGGGGAGGUACAGACUGCAGAGGACAAAGUCCCUGGACCACCGGCUGAGUGGCGUUCCGCUCGGUCGGCUGGAGAAGCUUCCGGAGGAGGCGUCCAACGGCGGCUUCCACGGUUACUACAUCUCAGGGGAAGCGGGGUUACCCGGCGACGAGAGUCGGAGGGUCGUCGUGGUGGAGAAGCUGCCCGACGAGCCGGCGGUGGCGACCGGAGACGCGGCAGAAGCAGCCGGAGGGGAGGAAGGCGGGGAGAACUUCGUCCAGAUCCGCUCGCCCACCAGCAGGGAGAAGAUCUCCAUCAGGGCGGUGAUCGACCGCUGCCGGGCCUACCAGGAGACGGAGGAGUACAAACUCAGGGAGGAGGACGCCGCCAAGACGGAGGCUGGGCUGGGCGGGGCGAGGGGCAAAGAGCCGGACAAGAGCGCCGCGUCGUCGACGGAGCCGGAGGGCCAGGAGUCGGGCUCCACCCAGCAGAGCGUGGUGAAGAACCUCAGGCAAAAGUUCCAGAAGCUGAAGUGAAAGCGAGGAGAAAAAAGCGAGGAGUUGAUCAAUCGCUAAAAAGGCUAAAAUAAUAUUGUACAUGUAUUAUAUAUCAUAAUAAUUAUACUAGAAUACCCUGGAUGAAAACCACACUGCUGCUUGCAGGGUUCAGUUACGGAGCGGGCCAAGAUGGUCACUACUGAACUCUCCAACCACACUGAAGCUCAGAGCACACGGCCCUGUCAGAACUACACAAGGGCAGUUCUGUCCUAUUCAAAGUAAAUAAGGCCACACAACACUCACACUCUGUGUGCUUUGUGUUAUCACAAUUCUUGUGUGUGUUGUGCUACAAAUAUGUGAUGCAAAUGUAUGCUUUCUGUUCUUCUGGCUCUAAACUAAGGAGCUCUUCGACGACAGAACUGUCCUCUUUUACCAAUUAACUCCUCAAAUACGUCACCUUUCAACAACAUUAAGCUUUGAGACGCAUCUCUUCCACUAAGACUUAUUUUGAUUGUUAUGUAGUCUUAAAAUUAACCCUACCACUAUGAAACAGUAAAGUUCUGUAUCGAGCCAUGUUACAAAUCAUUUGUAUAUUUCCUGUCAUCAUGUUGGACCACCAAUGUACAUUUAUAACCCCAAGAUUUGACCUGUGGUUGAACUCUUUAUUUAUAGGUGAAGGGCCAUUAGCUAGCUUUACGUUAAAGCUAACAUAAUGCUAACAUGAGUUGGUAUCAUGCUUUUCUGUUGAUCCGCUUCUCUCUGUUUAGUUUAUCAACCACACCUUCUCAACCACACCUUAUCAACAAGCGCUACGGUGUUACCAACUUGGAAAUCUAUGUCGGAUAGAUGUACAGUUUAUUAUACAUCAUUGUUAUAGUAUUCAUAUUAUAUAUAAUAUAAAUUAUAUAUAUAGAUGAUUCAAUUUUAUACACCCAUAAUAUAUUAUAUCUCUAUCUCAAUGUAUCUGGCUGUUUUAUGAGCUAGUCUUCAGAAACACUCAGAUGGACGUUUGCUCAAAGGCACUUCAACAGUUUAUGAUGACGUCCAACCUAUGAGCUACUUACUUUAACAUGAGGUCUACUAUGACUAACUGUAUUUAUUAUUAAACGGUUGCAUAUGAAUUAUGGUUUAUCUCGUCUUUGUUGAAGUACAUAACGUUUCUACUGUUGGAGGGAAUGUCCACAUUAAAAACAGCUUCUCACUC